AUGAGUUCAGCGACGGAGAUAAUGGAGCGAGAUGCCAUGGCUACGGUGGCUCCCUACGCUCCGGUCACUUUUCACCGCCGCGCUCGUGUUGACAUGGAUGAUCGACUUCCUAAACCUUAUAUGCCAAGAGCACUGCAAGCACCAGACAGAGAGCAUCCGUAUGGAACCCCAGGCCAUAAGAAUUACGGACUUAGUGUUCUUCAGCAACAUGUCGCCUUCUUCGAUUUAGAUGAUAAUGGCAUUAUCUACCCUUGGGAGACCUACUCUGGACUGAGAAUGCUUGGUUUCAAUAUCAUUGUGUCGCUUAUCACAGCCGCUGUAAUCAACUUGGUUCUUAGCUAUGCUACUCUUCCGGGAUGGUUACCUUCGCCGUUCUUCCCUAUAUACAUACACAAUAUACACAAGUCAAAGCAUGGAAGCGACUCAAGAACAUAUGACAAUGAAGGAAGGUUUAUGCCGGUGAAUCUAGAGUUGAUAUUUAGCAAAUAUGCGAAAACAUUGCCAGACAAACUGAGCCUUGGAGAAUUAUGGGAGAUGACACAAGGACAACGUGACGCAUGGGACAUUUUCGGAUGGAUCGCAAGCAAAGUAGAAUGGGGGUUGUUGUAUUUGCUAGCAAGGGAUGAAGAAGGGUUUCUGUCAAAAGAAGCGAUUAGGAGGUGUUUUGACGGUAGCUUGUUUGAGUACUGUGCCAAGAUCUAUGCAGGUAUCAAUGAAGACAAGACAGCCUACUACUGA